AUGGAUCGCUCCCGAUCAUCCUCACGAGGUUCUGAGAGACCUGUCCUGUCUUUCACAGUGGCUCAGGAGGAAGAGAUUAGUAGUGGCAGGGAAACUCUGUCCUCUGUUACUCGCGCCACUGCCAGAAGUCGAGCCAUCCAGAGAAAAAGAGAAGAAAUUGAAGAGGUAUAUCGACAGGACUGUGAUACAUUUGGUGUGGUGGUAAAGAUGUUAGUGGCAAAGGACCCGUCUCUGGAGAGGCCUAUCCAGUCGUCUCUUAGAGAGAACCUGCGUGAGAUCGGCCUGCGCUGCGUAGAAGCCAUGGAGCAGUUUAUCCACGAAUAUGACUCAAAGGAACCGGGUACACCAUCCCAGUCCCAGCCCCAGCUUUACUGA